AGAGAUUGGGUUCAUGAUGUCAAAUGGUUAUAUGGUUAUAUUAACAAUUCGACAUCUACAUCUACUAAUUCUGUGGAUUUUGUUGGAUCAUCUAUAACUAAUCCAGCAGAAUUAGCGAUAGCUUUUGCUCAUAAUUUUGUUGAAAUUUAUAAUAUUCAAAAUAAAACCUGCGUCUAUUCUAUUCAAUGCGAAGAACGUUGUAUAUUAUAUUCUGCAAGAUUUUUUGGGGAUACUCUGAAUGAACUAAUUUUAGCUUCCGGUACGGUAUUUAAUCAAGUUCAUCUAUGGGACGUUAUGAAAAAGAAUGAAUUUGGAGAUGGAGUUGUAUUUAAGAAGCUCAUUGGACAUGAAGGUGUUAUAUUUGGAGUAAAUUUUAGUGAUGAUGGAAAAAUAAUAUCUUCGGUAUCAGACGAUAGAACUAUUCGCGUUUGGAAGACUGACAGAAAUGAAAAAUCUAAUCCUCUUAUAUUCUAUGGACAUAUGGCGCGUGUUUGGGAUUGUCAAAUUUUAGACAAUUAUCUCAUCAGUAUUUCAGAGGAUUCGACAUGUCGAGUCUGGCAAAAUUCAAUAGAUUUAAAUGUGGAUGAUGAAGCAAGUGAUGUAAAUUGCCUAGCCUGCUGGGAGGGUCAUGUUGGAAAAAGUGUUUGGAGCUUGGCGAUUGAUCCUUCAAGGAAAAUCGUUGCUACAGGUGGAGGAGAUUCAGAAAUUCGAUUAUGGUCACUUUCGUCGGUUACAAAUAAUAAGAUAGAUUCUGAUAAGGAUUUGAUUAAAAUCGAAUUGCCUCCUGUUGAUUCUUACGCUCACUUAGAAGGAAAUACAAGAGAACACGUUAGAAAUUUUGUUCAAGUUGAUUAUUCUACUGUUGUUAUAGCUACAAACUAUGGACACUUAUUAAGAUAUAGCUAUGUAACAAAAGAAUGGUUGUCUUUAUAUAAUUCAAAAGAAUUACGAAAUUAUACGAUGAUGAAAGUUUCAAAUUGUGGGAGAGUUGUGUGUUGUGGAAGUAUUAAUGGUAAAGUGUUUGUUAUAAGUGUAAAUCAAGAAUUUCAGACUAUAGAGAAGAAUUUACAUCAAUAUAAAGUGUUCGAAUUAUUUUUAGAGGAAACUGAAGAUCCAAAUAUUUUACACGUGGUUUCUCAUGCUAUUCAUAAUGAAAUAUAUUUAUUAAAAUUGGAUUUAAAUGAUUCGGAACCUAGAUUUGAAAUGCUAUGUAAGCUUUCUGUGCCACCGCAAUUUCAGUUAAUGUCCCUUGCAUUCUGUCCAUCAUAUCGUCUAUUAAUAUGCGGGUCACGAGAGAGCGGGUUAGCAAUUUAUAACUUGAAUUCACCUAUUUUAUCUAAUACGGAAAAUUCUAUAAAAGAACUGUCUCCAAUCAUAUAUUUAAAAAAAACACAUGGAAGGCAAGCGGUGACAUCUGUGGCUUUUAGGAUAGAUAAAUUAAAGAGUAAUGAAGAAGAGGUAUUAAUGAUAUAUACUUCAGGAAGAGAUGGCGGAUAUAUUAAAUAUAGGCUCAGAGGCUUAUCUAUUUUAAAUUUAAAAACUAAUUAUUCCGAGAGCACAGAAAAAGAUCCAAUAAUAAUAGAAAUCAAUAAGACAAAACAUUGUGAUGAUGAUUUAUACGAGGAUACGAAAGAUUAUAAUAUAGAUAGUGAUAAUUCCGCAAAAGAAUUGCAAAAGAAAGAAUUAGUAGAUGGAUUAAUUUUAGAACAAGUUUACAAAGUGAAGAUUACGAAAGGAUGGUUAGAAAGGGUGGUUUUCGUAGAAGAUGAACUUAUACUAUUAGGAUUUUUCCGGAAAAGAUUUUUUGUCUAUAACGAAGACAAGAAAUAUGAGAUGUUUUCCGUAGCGUGCGGAGGAGCACAUAGAAUGUGGCAUUUUAAAGCUAAAGAUAAAAGAAUGGAUAAGGCAAGUUUUAUGUUUAUUAGAAAAGAAAAUGUUUAUAUUUAUUCAAGGGAAAGUUCAGCUAUUAAUGAGGGAUUUAACGAAUGUAAUUUACAAGGAAAUUUUCAUGGAAGAGAGUGUAGAAUUGUUAAUUAUUUAUCUUAUCCGCUUGAUCUUGAUUUAGGAAAUAAUGAUCAAAAACCAAUAAUGUUUGCUACAGGAGCGGAGGAUAGUAUUCUAAGACUCUUUCAAUAUUUUCCUGAUAAGCAAGAAAAAAAUUUGGUUAGUUUAUGCAGCAUAAAGAAGCAUACUUCUGUAAUUAAAAGUGUAGAGUGGAGUUACGGAACUGAAUUAUUAUUAUUUUCAAGUGGAGCUAAUGAAGAGUUAAGAUGUUGGAAAGUUGAAAUUAGCCUUGCAUGUAAUCAACCGGAAGCAGGCUCUUCAGCAUAUCCAUCGGUAGGCGUUAAUUGUUUAGAAUGGUCCUUGUGUCCAGCUGUCAGUGAAAUUCCGGAAACUAGGAUUAUGGAUACAAGUGUUUGUUUAAUUAAUUCAUUCAAAGGAUUGCAUUUUAUUGCAGCUGUAUAUUCCGACUCUGUAUUAAGAGUAUGGCUUUUUGAUGAAAAGAAAAGGAAAUUUUUUUUAAUCGGAGACGCUAAAUUUCAUACUAGAUGUAUUUUGCAAGUUCGUCAUUUAGUAAUUUCAGCAGGGGAAAAUUCAAAGGAUGGAAUUAUUUUAUUUACUUCUGCAACGGAUGGGAGAAUUGCUAUUUGGGACGUAUCGAGGCCUAUUUAUAGUUAUUUAGAUUUAUACGAUAAAAGUAAUGAGGCGAUUGACUCAUUAGAUUUGGGAGAACCAGUUUAUUAUUAUCAAGCUCAUCAAUCUGGAAUAAAUUGCUUAGCAAUACAUCCAAUGUCUUAUUAUAAUAGUCUAUAUAUGAUCGUAGCUGGGGGAGAUGAUAAUGCUAUAUCAAUAGCAUAUUUUGAAAUUUUAUGGGAUACAUUUCGCAAAGAGGAUGAUUAUAAUAAGAUUCAGUUAAUAAUUAGACCUAAAUAUAGAGAAAUCGUAAAAAUAGAGGCCGCUCAUGGAUCAUCCAUUCAAGGUAUUCAUGUACUAAAUGAUACGAAAAUACUAAGCACAGCAUUAGAUCAGAGAUUAAAUUUGUGGGAAAUAGAUUUUUAUAGUCGAGAUAAGAUAGAUAAGAUAGAUGAGGUGAAAUAUUUCGUCGACAAAUGUGAUGAGGUGAAAUAUUCCAAAG